AACAUUUGGAUCAAACUGAGCUUGGUGCAUCCAGAAGGUGCCAUUUCCAGUCAGUACACAAAGUUCCGUGGUAACAAAGCUCUGAGACUCAGCCCUCAGUGUCCCACCAUGCAACAGUGAGCUAGCAGAAGCUAACCACCACAUUUGACCCUGUGUGUGCCAUGAUGAAUUAGACAUCCGGGCUGUGUGUAUGGAAGAUGGCGACACUUAUCCUCCCUGGUGAAUGGAUCAAAAACUGGGAAAAAUCAGGAAAACACGAGUUUGCACAACUCUGCAAAGAACUUACAGAAAAAACAGAUCAUGGAAGUGAGAUUAAAGAUAUACAGGCCGCCUUAUACGAGCUCUGCUGGCAAGUUAUACAGGGGAACCUGAAGUUGGAUCUCGUCACCAGCGUCCUCGGGGACAUGAUGGAACUCCGAGAUGACAUGCCAUCAAUUUUAGCAGAUGUGUUCAGUAUACUAGAUUUAGAGACUGGUGCGCUGGAAGAAAAACACAAGCGUGACCAUUACACACAACUGGUGGGAGCAUGUUUGUUCUUUGUUCCGGAGGCCAUCCUGAAAGAGAGACUGGAUCCAGAAACCCUCGAAUCACUUGGUCUUAUAAAACAAGCCCAUCAGUUCAAUCAGAAGAUUGUUAAAAUCAAGACUAAACUAUUUUACAAGCAACAGAAGUUUAACUUGCUAAGGGAGGAGAAUGAGGGCUACGCCAAACUAAUCACUGAGCUUGGUCAAGACCUCUCAGGCAACAUCACCAGCCACCUUGUCCUGGAGAGCAUCAAAUCCCUCAUAGGAUGUUUUAAUCUGGACCCUAAUCGUGUUUUGGACAUAAUCCUGGAGGUGUAUCAGAGUCGAUCUGACCAAGAUGAGUUCUUCCUGUCUCUCAUCAAGUCAUACAUGUGUGAGCCACUCACCCUUUGCCACAUCCUGGGCUUUAAGUUCAAAUUCUACCAGGAGCCCAAUGAGGAAACGCCCAAGUCACUUUAUCACAUUGCUGCUGCUCUGCUUCAUCAUAACCUGAUAGAGCUGGAAGAUCUCUACGUACAUCUUAUGCCAGUAGAUGCCACCAUCGUAGAGGAACACAAACGAGAUAUCUCAGAGGCCAAGCAGAUAGCUCGCAAGCUGGUCAUGGUCGUGUUGCCAUCAGAGAAAAGUGAAGACAAAGACAAGGAGAAGGAUAAAGAGGAGGAGAAGAAUGAGAAGCCACCUGAUAACCAGAAGCUUGGUCUGUUGGAAGCACUACUUAGAAUUGGAGACUGGCACCACGCCCAGAGUAUUAUGGACCAGAUGCCGUCCUUCUAUGCUUCUUCUCACAAGGCCAUUGCGCUGGCACUCUGCCAGCUUGUGCACCUGACUGUGGAGCCUCUUUACAGAAGAGCUGGCCUCCCAAAAGGGGCAAGGGGAUGUGUGAUGCAUCCACUGAGAAACAAGCGGGCCCCUCGACCUGUGGAGAACUUUGAGGACCUACACAGGGACACAUUCAGCAUGAUCUGCUACCUUGGCCCUCACCUUUCUCAUGACCCAAUCCUCUUCGCCAAGAUAGUGCGCCUUGGCAAGGGCUUCAUGAAAGAGUACCAAAGUGAGGGCAGACCUGAGGUCAAAGACAAAAUGGAAACACUAUUGAGUUGUUUCCUCAGCAUUGCAGACCAGGUGCUACUCCCUUCUCUCUCUCUGAUGGAGUGUAAUGCUUGCAUGUCUGAGGAGCUGUGGGGUCUCUUCAAACUCUUUCCCUACCAGCACAGGUACCGGUUAUACGGACAGUGGAAAAAUGAGACGUACUCCAGCCAUCCAUUGUUGGUUAAAGUCAAAGCUCAGACUGUGGAAAGGGCCAAAUACAUUAUGAAGCGGUUGACCAAAGAGAAUGUGAAACAAUCUGGAAGGCAGAUUGGCAAGCUGAGCCAUAGCAAUCCCACCAUCCUCUUUGAUUAUAUGCUGUCUCAGAUCCAGUGGUAUGACAACCUCAUUGUUCCAGUGGUGGAUUCCUUGAAAUACCUCACAUCCCUCAACUAUGAUGUCCUGGCCUAUUGCAUCAUUGAGGCUCUGGCCAACCCUGAGAAGGAGAAGAUGAAGCAUGACGACACCACCAUCUCCUCGUGGCUUCAGAGCCUGGCAAGUCUGUGUGGAGCCGUGUUCAGAAAAUACCCAAUUGAGUUGGCUGGCCUUCUUCAGUAUGUCACCAAUCAGCUAAAGGCAGGGAAGAGUUUUGAUCUGUUGAUCCUGAAAGAGGUGGUGCAGAAAAUGGCUGGCAUUGAAAUCACAGAUGAGAUGACCUCAGAGCAGUUAGAGGCCAUGACCGGAGGGGAGCAACUCAAAGCUGAGGGUGGCUACUUUGGACAGAUCAGGAACACUAAGAAGUCCUCACAGCGGCUAAAGGAUGCACUCCUGGACCAUGAAUUGGCAUUGCCUCUGUGUUUACUCAUGGCCCAGCAACGAAAUGGUGUGGUUUUCUUAGAGGGUGGAGAGAAACAUCUGAAACUUGUUGGCCACCUCUACGACCAGUGUCAUGACACGUUGGUGCAGUUUGGUGGCUUUCUGGCCUCUAACCUUAGCACUGAGGACUACAUCAAGCGGGUUCCCUCCAUUGACAUCCUUUGUAACCAGUUUCACACUCCACAUGAUGCUGCCUUCUUCCUGUCUCGCCCAAUGUACGCCCAUCAGAUUUUGUCUAAGUACGAUGAGCUGAAGAAAGCAGAGAAAGGCAACCGACAGCAGCAGAAGGUCCACAAGUAUGUUGCAGCCUGUGAACAGGUGAUGACGCCGGUGCAUGAGGCUGUAGUGUCCCUCCACCCAGCCAGGGUCUGGGACGACCUCCGCCCUCAGUUCUACGCCACCUUCUGGUCCCUCACCAUGUACGACCUUGCUGUUCCACACUCUGCUUACGAUCGCGAGGUCAACAAGCUCAAGGCUCAGAUCAAGGCCAUCGAGGAGAACCCAGAGAUACCCAUGAAUAAGAAAAAGAAGGAGAAGGAACGCUGCACUGCCCUGCAGGAAAAACUGCAGGAGGAGGAGAAGAAGCAGCUGGAGCAUGUCCAAAGGGUUCUCCACCGCCUCAAACUGGAGAAAGACAACUGGUUGUUGGCCAAAUCCACAAAGAACGAGACCAUAACAAAGUUCCUUCAGCUCUGCCUGUUCCCUCGCUGCAUCUUCUCUUCGAUUGAUGCUGUGUACUGCGCCCGCUUUGUCGAGCUGGUCCACCAGCAGAAAACACCCAACUUCUGCACCCUCCUGUGCUACGACAGGGUGUUCUCAGCCAUCAUUUACACUGUGGCCAGCUGUACGGAGAACGAGUCUCACCGCUAUGGACGCUUCCUCUGCUGCAUGCUGGAGACGGUGACCCGUUGGCACAGCGAUCGCGCCAUCUAUGAGAAGGAGUGCGUCAAUUACCCCGGCUUCCUGACCAUCUUCAGAGCCACAGGCUUCGAUGGCGGGAACAAAGCAGAUCAGCUGGAUUAUGAGAACUUCAGGCAUGUUGUGCACAAAUGGCACUACAUGCUGACAAAAGCUUCAGUUCACUGCUUGGAGACGGGAGACUACACCCACAUUCGAAAUAUUCUCAUCGUGCUCACCAAGAUCCUACCCUGCUACCCCAAGGUCCUGAACCUGGGCCAAGCGCUGGAGUGCCGUGUCCACAAGAUCUGCCUUGAGGAGAAGGACAAGAGGCCAGACCUCUAUGCCUUAGCAAUGGGUUAUUCAGGUCGGUUGAAAAGCCAGAAGGUGCACAUGGUCCCUGAGAAUGAGUUUCAUCACAAGGAGCAGCCAGCACGCAGCGCCACCCCCGCCAAUCAACAGAACGGCCCCGGCAGCACAGGCAAGCCCGCCACCAGCACAAGCAAGACAGAGGAGGGGGCGUCAGAGGAUUGUGAUCGGGGCAAGGAUAAAUCUCAGGGGAUCACAAAGCCAGUGAACAAAGCCAACAGUGCAGCGGCCAAAGUGACCACCAGCAACGGGAACGGUGCUCUCAACAGCACCAAAGCCGUCAAAGAGCGGGACGACAAAGAGAAGAGCGGGAAGGAGAAAAAAGAGAAAAAGGAAAAGACACCAGGCAGCACUCCCGAGACAAAGGCAGAGAACCGCCGGGAGAAGCAGAGAGACGAGAGAGCAGGGAAGGAGGAGCGGGCGGCACGUGAGGGUAAGGAGAAGACCCCCAAGGCAGACAGGGAGAAAGUGAAGGCCGAGGAGAAGAGCAGCAAAGACGACAAGGCCAAAGCCGGCAACGGGGAGCCCAUGGAGCCGUCCAGGGAGCGCGAUGCCAUCAAGGAGUCCAAAAGCAAGGAGAAAGGAGACAGGAGCGCUGUGGCCGGGUCCCUCAAGUCACCAGUUCCCAGAUCAGAGUCAGCCGAAUCUGAGAGGGAUCACAAAAGACGAAAGCUCGACAGUCACUCUUCUCCGUCCCACUCCUCGUCUGUUAAGGACAAUAGCAACGAACCCAAGGAGACCACAUCCAAGCACCACGCCAACUACAAUUCAGUUGCCCGGUCCAAGAGCAGAGAGAGGGAGGUGGAGAAGAAAGAUUUAGACAACACACAAGGCCGAUCCAAAGAGAAGAAGGAAGAAAAGGAUCGUAAAGACAGGAAGAGAGAUCACACUGUCAAUGACCGGGAGACAAGCCAGGAGUCCAAACGCAGAAAGGACGAGAAUGGAACAAAUUCCUCCAAAAACAGCAAGAGCACGAGUCCUUCCUGUGACUCCCCACUCUCUGCUGAAAAAGAGAAGAGCAAAAGAUCCAAAUCUUCCAGUAAAGAGAAGGCCGAGUCAUUGAAACCUGAGCGGACGUCCUCUGGAGGCAAAAAGGAGUCCAGACACGAUAAAGAGAAAUCUGAAAAGAAAGAGAAGAGGGACAGCAGCGGAGGAAAAGAAGAGAAAAAGCAUCAUAAAUCCUCUGACAAGCACAGAUAAUGUGCACUAAUCAGUGAAGCAGAACUGGAGAAGCUGUUUUUAUCUGCAAGACAUCUGCAACUCCAUCUGUACUCUGUUGUUAACUCGUACUCUGAUUUCUGCCUGUGUUGUUUUGCUGUAAAGUCCCCUCCCAAGUGUUGUUAGCUGUAGUUAUCUCAAUUUACAGAUCACCUCAUUAUUUUUCCAUUUCAGUAUACAGUUUUUGUUUUUUUGUAUUAUUCAGUAUGGGCACAAUGUGCUGCUCUAAUCACAAUGUUAUUCGAAUUAGAGAAGUGGUUACUGUAUGAAAUGAUCUGUUGGUAACACGUGGUCAUGGAUUCAAUAAUCUCAUGCUUGAAAAUGUGUACUUUUUUUUGUACGUCGUCAGGCUUUGCUUUUUGCUCGUUUUAUCGGAGUUAACAUGCUUUCCAUACUCACUUACCUCAUAUCCUUUUGAGAUACUUAGAUACUUUUUAUUUAUUUAUCUCCAACUUUUAAACCGAGUAAGUCACCAGACGUAAGUGAGGAAAAGGAUACAAAGGACCAGUUUGUAUAUUGUGUACAAUAAUAAAGAGGGUAACAUGAAAUUCACAUCAUGUUAUUUCUUUUUUGUUUUCUUUUUGAUGUCCCUUACAGUCCUUUUUGUGAUUUUGUGUUAACCAGGUUUUUACAUAAUUUAUAAAAAAAAAGCCAGUUCGACCUUGAUUCAAAUGUAGAAUUGUAAAGAAAAAUCAGAGAGACCCAUUCUGAAGCUCUGUACUCCAAAUACAACUGUUUCGAAACGACUUUUGGAGAUUUUAUCUGCUGUACUCAAUGAGUGUAAGCUUUUUUUAAAAAACAAAAACCAAUAAAUAAUAGUUUUCCUAGUGUGUCACUUUGA